AGGUGAGAGUGGCUGCUUUCACACAAGGGCCACUUCUGCUUUCCCUCCCCACUCAGCCUACCCCUCAGGAGGGCAUUUCAGCUACUUGUCAUAAUGAAAGUGACGUUGGUUUCUCUGCCACAAAUGAAUAAGGGGCAAAGAGAGGUAUCUUUGUUCCUGGAGCCUGCCCUGGAAUUCACCUCGUGCUACUGAGAAGACCGAGAGGGGCUGAGCGUGGCCGCUGAGCAGCAGCAGAGCCAGCUCCUGGUGAGGCAGCGGUGGUCUCUGGCUCCCCAGUCAUGCCCUGGCGGCUCUCUGCAGUGGUGGUGCUCUUCCUGUCCCUGGCUGGUUGAUAAAGAUAGAACCCAUCAGAGGGUCUCUAAGAAGAGGUGGUGAAAGAUGACCCUUGACCUGAGGCCUGCCAUGUAUGAUUUUGCAUUAUGGCAGUCAAAUGAGAGCCAAUGUGUUUCCAGAAACAAGGGACUACCCACCUACAACAGCAGCAACAGUAGAGGCCACAGAAAAACCUUUCCUGCAACUAACUCACCAAGUCCCUAGCCAAACUUUAGCAGCAAGAUCAAUGGAUGGUCACAUCACAUCUCAAAGAGCUGCCCCGACCUCCAGCCCUGAGCCCCCAACCACACACACAACAGCAAAAACUGUAGGAACAACUUCUUUGAUAACUACAAACAGCACGCCAACUACCAGCCCAACAGCCCACGCCCUAAUCACAACCUUGGCCACACCCAAUAACUCACACACAGCUGCGCCAGUCACUGAGGCUACAGUCGGCCCCAGUGCAGCCCCGGGUUCACCACCAACCACCAUCUCUCCAGUGGCCCAUAUGACAGGAACCGGCCCAUCCACUAUCAGCCCCACAACUAGGAAAACCACCCAACCCAGUAACCAGACCGCCCUUCCAGCAACUUUGUCCACCCCACCACAUAACAGCACAACCAGUCACAAGUCUGCUCAACCCAGUCAUGCCCCCAGCCCAACCACAGCUGCACACAAUACCACCCAAACGGCCUUGCCUGCCACCACAGCUACCAGGCCCACUCUUGCACCUCAGCCUUCGUCAGCCAAGACUGGAAUUUAUCAAGUUCUAAAUGGAAGCAGGCUCUGUGUCAAAGCAGAGAUGGGGAUAGAGCUAAUGGUUCAAGAGACAGAGUCGGUUUUUUCACCUCAGAGAUACUUCAACAUCGACCCCAACGCAACCCAAGCCUCUGGGAACUGUGGCUCCCGAAAAUCCAACCUUCUCUUGAACUUCCAGGGCGGAUUUGUGAAUUUCACACUUAUGAAGGAUGAAAACUCGUAUUAUAUCAAUGAAGUGAGAGCCUAUUUGACAGUCUCAAAUCCAGAGACAGUUUACCAAGGAACGAAAAGUUCUGUGGUGAUGUUUGAGACUGUGGUUGGGCAUUCCUUCAAAUGUGUGAGUGAACAGAGCAUCCAGCUGUCAACCAAGCUUCAGCUGAAAACAAUGAAUGUCCAAUAUCAAGCCUUUGAUUUCGAAGAUGACCACUUUGGAAAUGCGGAUGAAUGCUUCACUGACAGAAACAGGAGAGAAAACCCUGUGGCCGUUGGCCUGAGUAUCGCAGUACUGCUUGUCGUUUUGCUAACAGCAUGUCUGGUGGCCAGCAAGAGGCCCAGUAGAGGAUAUGAACGCAUGUAAAGCCCCACCUUCUUCAAAAUGUGCAAGGUUAAGGCCUUGGGAAUUCUGGCUUCAUAUUCAGCCUGAAGUGAAGGGAUCCAUUUUUAUAGUUGCCUAUCCCACCCUCCCAAUCUGAUUAGAAAACCUGGCUUGCCGCCGCCGGGCCAUUGGAAGACUAACAAAAACGUAGCCCCCAUCUACUUUCUCCUAUUGGCACGGGGAGGCUGUGCCAUAUGGGCUUGAAUUCCACCCUCCACACCUGAUAGUACAGGUCUGGCUUUGAGAAUUAGGGACAUGAGGCAGGGACAGGGGGAAGGUGCUUGGGAGAAGAAGAAAGCAAAUACCUAAAGGGAGAAUUAUAAGAAAGACAUUUUCAAAGUGCACUGAUUUUUUUUACACAUUUUUAAGAGUCUCAAUAUCCAGUUUUUCAAAACUUUAGUUUUAAAAAAACAAUCCAUUUCAAAAUCAAUUCUAAAGUGAUUUUAAAUUCCCGGUUUUUGCCCAAUUCCUGAUUUACUUGAAUUACAGAAUGGUGUUAAUAGACUAUUAUUUUUAAUAACUAGAUAACUAGAUAACAUCCCAACAUUUCAUUUUUUUUUAAUGUAAAGCACACACCAAAGAUCUUGACAAACAAAAGAGGCUCCAUAAAUGUUAGUUCUCCAAUUUCUUCACCUUCAUUUGUUGUCUGUCUCCUUAACAUUUUUUUUUCUGCUUUGUCUCUGUUUUUCUUUGAUCCUUAGUCUAUCCUUGUAAAUUUGUUAAUUUGGGCUAUUGUGGGGAGGGGAUGUCAGCAAAGCAUCAAAACGACCAGGGAUUACAAACAGAACAGGUAGAUCUACCCCAGAUUAUUACCCACUUUCCUCUUAAGCAAACAUUUACCAAAAAAAAAAAAAAAAAAAAAAAAAAAAAAACNAAAAAAUCAUAAACCAGGAGAUUCCUGAUUGAGAGAGAUUGAUAUAUGGAAGAAAAAUUCUAUCAAAUAUGGCUUGGAAUGUUAUUCAUUCAUGGUUUUCUAUUAUGUUGUUUAAAGAGGAGUAUUGAGGACGCACCUGGCUGAGCCUGUGACUCUAGAUCUCACCUCAGAUCUUGAUCUCAGGGUCCUGAGUUCAAGCCUGACCUUGGGCUCCCUGCUGGGUGCAGAGCCUACAUUAAAAAAAAAAAAAAGUAGGAGAAUUGAGGGUUUUUUUGUUUUGUUUUUUGUUUUUCGGAGAAAAGGAACAGUAUGGCCUUCUGGAUGUUUCUAAUUGCUUUUACUAGCUGAAGUGUUCUUGUUCUUCUAUAGUCGCCAGAGGUGCCAUUCCUUGUUUUAUAACAGGGAGUUUAUGACACUUGGCAACAGCUCUAUAACCACUGCUUAUCUAGGGCAUGUUCUGCUUUCUCUGCAAGGAUUUUAGCUCUCUCCACUUUCUCAGAAGUGAGGGGGUGGGGAGGGCACACAGCAGCUUCAAGAGAGUUUCAAGAGCCCCUAAGACGUUUGGAGUGUUAGGACGUUCCUGUUUCCUCCUUACAACAGGAAAUGUUGAGGAAAAUCUGGGCUGUGAGGACCCGGUGUUCCCCAGAGUGACUCAGGUUUACCAGCAAGGGCUUGCUUUUGGAGAGAUGCCAUCUCUUUCCAACUCCAGCAGGCCCUCCAGCAGGUCCCUCCAGCAGGUCCCUCCAGGAGGUCCCUCCAGGAGGUCCCUCCAGCAGGUCCCUCCAGCAGGCCCUCCAGCAGGUCCCCCCAGGAGGCCCUCCAGCAGGCAUCAACAAAUACUCCGCUCCCCACUGCCGUUUGCAGCUCCGCCUCAGGUGUGCGGGAGGGCUUCUAUAGAGCAGAGCACGAGCUGCUUAUUCACCGUGCCACUGACCAGCCUGUAGAAUGACUAAAGGAAGCUUACUCUUGUAGUGUGUAGGAAUUUCCAUGGGAAAAGACGUGGAGUUAAAAUCAAGAAGAGAGGGGUAAGACAGUUCACAUAAGUGCAAUUCUCCUUUCUACCGUCUUCUGUGAGUUCUUUGGAGUGGUACCUGCAGCAGUCUAGCUAUCUACACCCUCCAUUAUCUUUUAAAUUGCCAUGAAUUAACAUUCUAGUAAGCGCAGAGGGCAAAGGUUUCGUUUGGAAGACUAGUAAAUAAAGCUCGGAUGCGUUCCUGCCCCGCAGCUCUGCCCACUUUCUGCAGGGACUUCCGGGGAGGGUCCUGGGUUGCGACUGCGACGCGCUGCUGGUCGGGAAGUGGCCUCCUCCGGCCGGGAUUGCUCAGGUGCUGCCUUGUCCUACUCUCACGGCUGCAGUUCCAGGGGUCCGAGGCUUACUGCAGAGCGCUGCUGGUCGCAUUCUGGGGCCACCCCCCCCGCGGAAGGCCUGCGGGGGGCGUCUGCGAGCCUCUCCGGCCGGCGCGCUUGCCUCUUGCCUUUAGUGCACCUGCUGCUUGCGGGUCCCGCGGGUUUCAACUCCGUUUUUCUCUUCUGAAGAGGGUAGAGCAUCCUGAAUUCACCCGUCCCUCUACAACCCGCCUAGAGAUAAUAGAAACCUUCACGACCGCCCACCUGGAGAUAACCUAUGCAUUGUUCAUUUUGAUGUAUUUCCUUCGCAUGAAUAUUGUUUUACAGACCGAGCAUACAGAGUACACAAUUUGGAAUCCUUUGUUACCUGUGCAUCAUAAGCAUUUCUCUUUGCUAUUCAAGGUGCAAACUGUCAUUAUUGUGGCUGCUCUGAAUACGCUAUCAACAUUAUAUAAUAAUUUACUUAAUUAUUGUGUUGUUGAGAAUUUUUAUUGUUUUAGGUUUUCACAAAUAUGUUGUGAUUAAAGAAUUACAUAUGAAUUACAAAA